CACUCCUCUCCUCAAUUGGUAUCUUCCAAGUGACGCAAAGACGUAACACAAGAUGGCGCCGUAGUAACCGCUGUGUUUCUUCUACGCGGCUGCAAUUUUCUUCUUCAUCAUGCGAGUAAUUAAUAAAACAUCUUCCGGAAUGUUUAUCUGCUCUUUUCCUGACUGCCAGGCGUCCUACGAUAAAGAGUGGAAGCUUGAGGCGCAUCUGUGUAAACACACCGGAGUGAGGCCGUUCGAGUGCGAGUACGCUGGAUGCAGCAAAUCAUUCUGCAGUAAAUCUCAUCUCGCUCGUCAUGAGCUCACUCACACCGGAGAGAAACCCUUCAGCUGCAGCGAGGACGGAUGCACGGAAAGUUUCACCACCAACUUUAACUUGAGGAAACACAUUUCACGCAAACACAGACAGGAAGCGAAGCUGUACACCUGUGUGUUUGAGGGAUGCGGCAAAAGCUUCAAGAAGAACAACCUGCUGAAGACUCACGAAAGCACACACACGCUCCAGCUCCCGUACGAAUGUACGUACGAAGGCUGUGACAGACGCUUUGCGAAUCCCAGCAAAAGAAAACGUCAUGAGAAAGUGCAUAAGGGUUACACGUGUCCGGCUGAGGAUUGCUCAUUCGUGGCGAAGAACUGGACUGAACUUACGAGGCACAGGAAAGAGCAUAAAGUGAGAGUGCAGUGUGACGAGUGUAAGAAGACGUUCAGGGAUCGCUGGUUCCUGAAGCAGCACCAGCGCGUUCACUCCGAAGCUCGGCUCGUGUUUCUGUGUCCGAGAGACGGAUGUAAGCGUUCCUACACCACCGCCUUCAACCUGCAGAGCCACAUCCUGUCCUUCCACCAGCAGGAGCGAGCGUUCAGCUGCACCGAGCCCGGCUGCUCCAAAACCUUCUCCAUGAAGCAAAGUUUACAGCGUCACUCCGUGGUUCAUGACCCCGAGAGAAAGAAACAGAAGAAACCCCGUCCAACACGAUCACUGGCGUCUCGUCUGAGUGGCUACAAAACGCCAAAAAAACGCCAAUCGGAAACACUGGACCCUGGUGAAUCUCCUAACACUGUGACCAGCCAAUCAGAAACGUCCAAAUCAGACAGCAAUCAGGCAGUGAUCUCAUCAGAACCUGUCAAGGAUGACGUAACAAACCUGGCCAUGUCUGAUGGUGCUGAAAUCGUCCAAUCAGAGCCAGUGACGUCUGAAAGUUCUGUCGUUCUCAUACUAGAGCCACUUGUGUUGGAGAGUCCAUCAGAUAGCCAAUCAGAAAUCAGUGAAUUUCAUAAUGUUGUAGAAACAAGCCAAUCAGAAAUCAGUAAAUCUCAUAAUAUAGCAGAGACCAGCCGUCCAAUCAGAAUUCAAUGAACCUCUUGAUAUAGUAGUGACCAGCCAAUGAGAAUCCAUCACAUCAUUAGCUGUAUACUUAUUUGCACUUGUGACAUCUGACAGUCUGAUAACUGACCAGUCAGAUCUCAGUGUACAUCGUCCAAUCAGAUGCCAGUAAAGUAAAAUGACACACAUCUUCACUAGGUUUUUUUUUUUUUUUUUUUUUU